GUCCAUCUCAUCGCUGACCAGAUACCCCACAACCACUUACCAUCCUCUCCGUACAUUCCACUGCUCCACCGCCGCCAUGACGGGAGUCAACAAGGCCUGCUGCUCGAUCCCCCCCGUCGUCGCCAAGGGCUACCAGCCCAAGGGGGAAUAUAAGACCAUUGGCGGUUUGAAGACUUAUGUCACCGGUCCCGAAUCCGCCUCCAAGGCCAUCCUCGUCAUCUACGACAUCUUCGGCUUCUUCGACCAGACCCUGCAAGGCGCCGACAUCCUCGCCCACUCCAGCACCCAGAAGUACCGGGUGUUCAUCCCGGAUUUCUUCGAAGGCAGCCCCGCCCACAUCACCUGGUUCCCGCCGCAGACCGACGACCACAAGCAGAAGCUGGGCCACUUCUUCCAAACCAAAGCCGCGCCGCCCAACAACCUCCCCAAGAUCCCGGGGAUCGUGGCAGAAGCCAACCAACUCGCCCCGUCCGGGCGCUUCGAGUCCUGGUCGAUUCUGGGGUACUGCUGGGGCGGCAAGAUCGCGACGCUGGCGACGGGGCAGGAGAACUCGAUCUUCAAGGCGGCGGUGCAGUGCCACCCGGCCAUGCUGGACCCGGAGGACGCCAAGAAGGUGAGCGUGCCGAUGGCGGUGUUGGCGUCCAAGGAUGAGAAGCCCGAGGACGUGGAGCAGUUCGGCCACAAUCUGGGGCAGCCCGGGUAUGUGGAGACGUUCCCCACGCAGAUUCACGGCUGGAUGGCGGCGCGGUCGAACCUGGAGGACGAGGAGGUGAAGAAGGAGUAUGAGCGCGGGUACAAGACGGCGCUGGGGUUCUUGGAGAAGUAUGCUUGAUUUGGUUUGUGCUCCACUAGGUUGUACUGUACUAGUUUGAUAUGUUGUGUAAUGCCCAAAAGUCAGUGUGAUUGUUGAGCAAUCCUGUUGAGCAAUCGAGACACGUUUACAC